UCUUCAUGGAUCCUCCCCUUCCUCAGUUCUUCAAUGCUUUAUGUAUUUUAAACAAGAAAACUAAUUAGAAAUUUGCAGCGGGACGGUGUAUGAAGAUUACAGGUAGCAUGCUCCGGACGCUACAGGCAUGUCCCCGGCACUUGCUGGUUUGUGAGAAAUCGAGCUUCUUGCAGGAUAAAUCCAAGCACUCUGUGCAAGUGCAAACCCAUUACUACAACUGCUGUGUUUCUAUUUUAUUACCCGAGUGCGGACGUCUACCCCAACAGAUAGAAAAUACCAUUAGCAACUUUGGAAAGUUUUAUCUGGUAAAGAAUCUGCCAUUAUAUGAGUUUGUAACUGAGGAUUAUCAUUCUUUUUUAAAGAAAGGUUCAUUUUAUGCACUUUCAUAUAAAACCAGGAUUGACCAGGAUAAUACAGCUGCUCUACUACCAACAGGAAAACUUAUCAUAUCUGUAGACAAAGACACUUAUGAGGAACUGGGUCUGAAGGGCCACCCAUCUCUCCAUUCUGGUAAAAAAGCCAUGCGAUUUAUUAUUAAUCUUGAUUUGACUGAUCAAGAUUUUGCUCCUGAAGGCAAGAAGUACAAACGUGUAAACUGGUCAUUAUCUGAAAAAAAUCCUCUUGCAUUUGAUUUUCUUCUUGCAUUGGAAAACAUAGACUCGCCUUCCAUAACCUCUUAUUUUUCAAAAUACAAUGUGAAAGAAUUUGACUUGAAUGUCAGUACAAGUGUAUUUAAGGAUUUGCAUUGUCCUGUUUUGAAGAGUGGGGAACUACAGGGAAAGCCUGAUGAAUCCUGCAGUUGUGAGGAGCUCUUUGAAUGGCUCGGUGCAGUUAGUAAUAACAUUGAUUGUAACAAUUCAUCAUCCAGCUUCAUCUCAACUUAUUGCUGUCCUCAUCCAAAUAUUGUAGUGCAACAAGCACAUUUGUGCACAAUAACUGGAUUUAUAACACCAGAGAAGAUACAAAUACUGCUACAGCUCCUUCGUGCUUAUUUCACUGAGCCAAAGCUGACUCAGUGGGCGGCCCUUACAGUGCAUGGCUUUGCAGACAGCCCCGUUUCAUGGAAAGAAAAUGAACAUGGAUUUCAUAAGGGGGGUGAAAACUUGUACAGCUUUGUUGUCUUUGACAAUGAGGACUAUUGGCUUCAAAUGGCUGUUGGGACACAUGAUGGCUGCCCUUAAAUCAAGAGCAGCUUUAUGUAUGUUAAACAAAAUAAAUGUGUUUAGGAUCAAUUUAA